AUAGAGGGACUGCACUGGCCUCAACUUUAACUGUCGCUCUUUCAACCCUAGUUUUGAACUAAUACUUCUACCAACUUGGAAUUAAUAUUAUCCACAUCGACCAACCUCUACUUGGUGGAAAAAGGGAAGCUCUCAACUAAAUCACACAUAAAUUCCUUCUGCUUCAAAAGGGCUGCGCAAAAAUGACGAAGUGGAUAGCGUCCAAAAUCAUGAAGGAGUUGGCUUUGCUGAUCGUUUUCUGGAGAGCUGUGGCACCCGAAAAACAUUAUUUGUCCCUUCACCAUUUUCUCUAUCCGGGAGUACCUGAUUUUCCAGUCCAUGGAGUUACAGGAGUAGUGGAGGGGAUUAUAGCAUUCUACUCUUAUGAAGAUGUAGUAAGAAUCAGACAUGACUGGGUUAAUAAGUUAAUAAAGGAAAACAAUCAGCUGUGGGAAGCCUAUUACCGGGAGUGCUUGAAUUAUAGAAAGACAUUCAGAGCUGAGACAGCCGAUUUCAAUGACCAAACGAGCUCAGAAAAUGAGAUCAUUCAGCUGAUCGUAGGCUGUGAACUGGAUGAAGAAACUAAUACAUCUGUUGGUUAUGCAUUGUAUGGUAACAAUGGGGAAGAUUAUAUUGAAAUUGACUUGAAGAGAGAUACAUGGAUUGCAACAAAUCCGAAAGCUGCAGCUAUUACGAAGAAGUGGAAUGAAAACAAAAGCCGUAACGUGUUUUGGAAGACCAUGCUCCAAGAGGAUUGCCCAAAUUUUUUGAAAUUGUUUUGGAGAUAUGGGCAACCCUACAUCACCAGAAAAGUUCUACCCUCAGUGUUUCUACUCCAGAAGAACUCUUCUUCCCCGGUUACGUGUCUUUCAACCGGUUUCUUCCCUGAAAAUAGCAAUAUGUUCUGGAGGAAAGAUGGAGAGGAGAUUCACGAAGGGGUUAAACAUGGAGAUAUUCUUCCCAAUGGUGAUGGAUCCUUCCAGAUGAGUGUUGAUCUUCAGGUUUUGUCAAUCCCACAUGAAGACUGGGAGAGAUAUGAGUGUGUAUUUAAGCUCUCUGGAGUUCAAAAUUAUGUUGUUACCAAAUUGGUGAAAGAAACAAUCAGAAGCAACGUGAUAGAAGAUGAAGGUCCAUUUACCACAACAGGCAUUGCUGUCAUCGCCGCAAUGGCAGGUGUUAUCAUCAUAAUUAUCGUUGGCUUUGGAUUCUUCGCAACCAAAAGCAGGAAAACCACUGACAGCAUCUCUACCUCAGAAAAUGAUCCUGCCAUCCAGUAAGAUAAAGCUUUAAGGACUGUUAAUGGAAAGCUCUGCCUUGAAGCUUUCUCUGGUUUUCCUAAAAAAUUAUUUAUUAAAUAACCAGACUAAGGUGCUCAGGGUUACAGGACUGUUCCAGCUGUAUGUUGCUAUUUAAAUAAUCUGCAUUAUUGGCUGUCUAAUAUAAAAAUAAGUAGAAAUAAUUUGUAGGGGCAGGCUUAAGGGAUUGUGUGAUGGUGCACUUGGGUUGCUGAAAUGUUGGAGUGAAUAUAGUUUGUUUCAUGUAUUUUUUUUAUUUUUAUUCAGAGGUAAAGUAAAACUGAACAACUGGACUAAAGUGAUAAUCAUAUUUCCUUGUCAAUUCAGUUCCUGGCACCUGGUUUUCAUGUGUAUAAAUGGACGUGUAUGACCAUAUCACGCUGCAACUUCCUCCCCAUGCAUUCCUUUAGA